UGAAAAAGAAAAAUUGAGUACUUUUUUCUCAUCGAUCUCUGUUGGCGAGAGAGCGGAGCUCGGAGGAGAAGGCAAUGGCGGAGCACGAUGCUUCUUCUUCUCCAUCGGCAUUUCUCCCAAGAGAUCCGAUCAAGGCUUCAGUGGUCACUAGUGCUGCACAUAAGAGAAGGCAGCAUGCAGUUACAAUAGGGAAGGAAAGGAGGGAGGCACUUAUACGCACAAAACGCUUAUGUAGAGUUGGAGUUGGUGGUGAUAUAGGGGAUUCAUUGGAGGGUAGUAUGAUUAUCGAUGAAGAAAAGUCUACAUUGGAUACACAAGCUUCGCAGCUAGUUGAAGCUCUGAAAUCUUCUGUUCACUUGCAUGGUAAAGGAGCUGCUCAGAAGAAAGGAGAGAUUCUCCGUGAUUUGAGGCGUUUGUUGUCAAAGUCUGAUGCACCUCCUAUUGAUGCAGCUAUUCAUGCUGGAGCUAUCCCUGUCCUUGUCCAGUGCCUGCAUUUUGGAACACCUGAUGAGCAGUUACUUGAAGCUGCAUGGUGUCUUACUAAUAUAGCAGCUGGCGAAUCAGAGGCAACAAAGUCAUUGUUGCCUGCUCUGCCUUUGCUCAUUGCUCACUUGGGAGAGAAGAGUUCUCUGCCUGUUGCAGAGCAGUGUGCAUGGGCACUAGGAAAUGUGGCUGGUGAAGGAGAAGAAUUGAGAAGUGUUCUGUUGGCACAGGGAGCUCUCCUACCUCUUGCGCGAUUGAUGCUGUCUAAUAAGAGCUCAACAGCAAGAACAGCUGCUUGGACAUUAUCAAAUAUGAUCAAGGGACCUGAUCCUAAAGCCGCAACAGAGCUCAUUAAAGUUGAAGGGGUCUCAGAUGCAAUUGUACGACACUUAAAGAAAGGGGAUGAUGAAUUGGCAACUGAGGCAGCAUGGGUAGUUGUGUAUCUUUCAGCCCUUUCAGAAACUGCUGUCCGUGUGAUGGUAAAAAGUAAUAUCAUUGAGCUUCUUGUUGGAAGAUUGACAGCCUCUGAGAGUUUGCCAUUGUUAAUUCCGGUUCUCCGAAGCUUGGGUAACAUUGUGGCUGCUGACGCCUCCAUCACAGAUAACAUUCUUUGUGUUGGAAAAGAUAUUACUGAUUUUGCUGUAUCAUCAUUGGUGAAGUGUAUGAAUAAUGAGAAUAGAGUCCUAAAGAAGGAGGCAGCAUGGGUUAUAUCAAACCUAGCAGCAAGUUCAGUUGAGCAUAAAAGGUUGAUAUAUGCUAGUGAAGCUACACCUUUGUUGAUAAACUUUUUAUUGUCUGCCCCAUUUGAUGUAAGAAAAGAAGCAGCAUAUGCUCUGGGUAACCUUUGUGUUGCACCAACGGAAACUAUUGGACAUUCAAAUAUCAUUCUGGAUCACUUAGUCUCUAUAGUCCAUCAAGGAUGCCUGCCAGGGAUUAUAAACUUGCUGAAGUCUCCGGAUACGGAGAGUGCUAGAUUGGGACUCCAGUUUUUGGAGCUGGUACUGAGAGGGAUGCCUAAUGGGGAAGGACCAAAGCUUGUGGAGCAAGAGGACGGAAUUGCAGCUAUGGAAAUAUUCCAGUUCCAUGAAAAUGAAUUUAUGAGAAACAUGGCAAAUGAGUUAGUUGAUAAAUACUUCGGGGAGGACUACGGGCUAGAUGAUUAGUCCCCGUCUAAAGAUGACUCCGGGGCAGUACUAAUAUAUCAAUCCUUUUUAUCACCCUACACCAGCAACAAUUGAUAGAUGUGAAUUAUUCUAUGUUUAUGUAACAAACUGGUCAAUGUUUAUGAUAAUGAAUGUGUUUUCUCUAGCAAGGCAGGCAGGGUUCAUCAUUGUCAGAAGCACCAGUUUCAACCAAGACAUUAAGGAGAGUACUGGAAUCAUUUUGUGUGGAGGAGCCCCGUUGCUGCACAUCUGCUAUAUAUAUAUAUAUAUAUAUAUAUAUAUAUA